GCUUCCCCCACCACCGCCAUUCACCGGCCGGGGCUCCCCCCUCCCCUCCUGCACCGCCGAUCCUACCCCCGCGCGCGUCCUUCGCCGCCGCCGCCGCCGCCGACCUCACUGGCAUUGCUGUGUUGUGCGUAUGUGCUUUAGUGUUCGGCGCCGAAUUCUCGGCGCUACUGCUGACUACGGCUAAAUUGAGAUGACUGGAGCUCUUGGGAGUUGGAGGAGCUCAAACUGCAGCAGCCCAAUAUGGCUCAACAAGUCGGGCAUUGCAGAACUCCAACAAAGAUGUGCUCAUGUGCUGUACCUGUGUUCUAUAUCUAGUUCUUCUUGAGAGAUAGAUAGAAAUCAAGCAAAGGAGGCACUGCUGGGUGGUGUGUUCAGUGGGCUUUAGGAGGUUUUGGCAAUGGAGAUGGCUCUCCGGCCUCAAAGCCUUCUAUGCCCCAGAAGCAGGCCAACGUUCAUCAUCCGGCCAGCUAGUAAUACCAGAGGUGGUGGCCUUGCGCAGUAUUUCUUAGUGACAGGGAGAUAUAAUGGAAGCAGGAUUGUUCGAUGCAUGGUUUCAAGCUCAGACUGUCCAAACAGGAAACCAAAGAGGGUGAUUUCCCUUCAUACGGAAGUCACUUCUUCUAGGGGAUAUGCUCCGAGAAUCACUGCUGAAUCAAGCAUUCAGGAGCGAGAACAUAUUAAUAGUGAUGACGAAACAUUUGAGACAUACAACAGGUUGCUACAUACUGAGGCAACAGACUGGAAAAAAAUAGAUACCACUGAAGUGGACUCGUCACAAGAUGUUUCAAGCAGUUCAAUGACAAAAGUGGAUGCGGCAGGUGAAGCUAAGGUAGAUAUACUUGAUGACGAUUUGAAUGGAAAUUUAUUGAGCAAUGUAACAAUGGGGGAAGUAGAUUUGGUGGAUGAGGCUGGGGUAGAAGAAGACAUAUUUGAGGUAGAUUUGUCAGCCUUGCAUAAUACUACAGUAGGGAAAAUGGAUGCAGUAAAUGGAACUGAGACUGAAAUGGAUCUGUCAGCAUUGCAUAGUGUUGCAGUGGGGAAUGUGGAUGUAGUAGAUGGAGCUAAAGCUAAAGAAGAUUUAUUUGAGAUGGAUUCGUUACCAUUACACAAUGUUACAGUUGGAAAGGUGAAUGCAGUAGAUGCAACUGGAGCUGAAGGAGACAUAUUUGAGGUGGAUUUGUCUGCACUUGCGUCGAACAAAUCAAUGAUAGAGGCAGUUAAUGUGAUGGAUGAAGCUAAGGCUAUAGAAGACAUGCUCGAGGUGGAUUUGUUAGGAAAUACUAUAAACAGUUCAGCAUAUGGGGAAGUUAAAUUUGAGGUGGACUCAGCAAGAAAUACUUCGAGUGCUUCAAUGUAUGGGGCAGUGGAUGGAAUAUAUGAAUCUCGGUCUAAUGAACUCACUUUUAAUGUGGAUUCAUCAGAAAAUGCGUCAGACAAUGCAACAUAUGGGAGAACAGAUGUGGUGGAUGAACGUUGGGCUGAUGGAGACACAUUUAAGGUGGAUUUUCUUAGAAAUUCUUCAAGCGGUGCAGAAUAUGGGAAAGUGGAUGAAGCUCAAAUUGAUGAUUUCACAUUUGAGGUGGAUUCAUUAGGAAAGGAUUCAGACAAUGCAAUGCAUGGGGAAGUUCAUUUGGUGGGUGAAGAUUGGGACGAUGAAGCCAUAUUUGAGGUGGAUUUGUUUGGAAAUGUUUCAAACAAUGCAGUGUAUGGGGAGGUGAAUGUGUUGGAUGAAGCUCGGGUUGAUGAUGCAAUGUUUGAUGUUGACUUAUUAUGGAACGCCUCAAGCAAUUCAACACAUGAGGAAGUGGAUGUGGUAGAUGAAGCUCAAACUGGUGAAAGCACGUUUGAGAUGGAUUUGUUUGGAAAUGCUUUAAGAAGUGCAGCAUAUAAAGAAGUGGUUGUCAUGGGUAAACCUCAAGAUGAUGAAGUCGAUGUAGAUGUAUCAAGAAAUGCUUCAAGUACCGAAACAGUAAAGGAAGUGGACACGGUUAGUGAAGCUGGAGUUGAAGAUAAGAUAUUUGAUAUGGAUUUAUUAGGUAAACAGAUAACAAUCAAUUCUAUGGAUGAUGAUGUAGUUGAAGAAGGGACUCAACAUAUCGAAUAUCCAAUUUUGUCUUCAACAUCCAUAGAAGGCAAGACCCUUGAUGAAACAUCUGCAAGUUUAAAGCCUGAAUUUAUGUCGGUUGUCAAGAUUCAGGAGCAAGAUAAACCAAAUUUCAGUGUUCAUCGACAAGAAGGAUCAAUUAGUUUAAAUGCAGAAAACCAAUCAAUGAUAGAUUUUCAUGAACAGGAGCAAAUGGUUAUUACUUUUGAUAAACAAAAGGAACCAGCUGUUAACCUUUCUAAAGAAGACCAACAGAUUGCUAAUUUCCCUGAGCAAAAUCUAUCCGUUGAUGGUUUCAAUAGGAAAAACCAGUCAAUUAUUGGACUCCCAUUUCAAUACCAAUCAAAUGUUGGUUCCCCUGAAAAAGACCAAUCAAUUCUGGGUUUUCAUGGUCAAAAUCAAUCAAUCAUCAGCUCUCAUAAACAAGACAAAUCAAUUGUUGGUGUUCCUAAAAAAAUCCAAACCAUUGUUGGUGCCACUAAGCAUGACCAUUCAAUUGUUGGUGUCCACAAACAAAACAGAUCAAUUGUUAGUGUGCCUGAGCAAAAACAGUCAAUAGUUGGUUUUCGUAAACAAGAUCUAUCAAUUGUUGCUAUUAGCGAACAAAAUCUAUCAAUUGUUGCUAUAUCUAGAGAGAGUCAAUCAAAGCAACUGUCUAUUGUUCAGAGACAUGAUCCACUACAUUUGAAGGAAGUGGAAACAAAGGAUAGAGAUGACACCUCUAAAAAAUUUCAUGAAAACACACUUCAUGUUAAGUUUGAUGUUGACAACUUAUUGCAGAAAUAUCAAGCAGGUAUUACAAAAGAAGCACUGGAGACAAAAGUUAGCAUGCAAGAUGACAUAGAAGAGCUUUCACAGGUUGAAGAUGAAGAAAGGGCAGUUGCCUAUGAAAAACAACAUGAAGCUGUUAUGAUCUCUUUGUCUCCAGAUAUCCAGGAGUCACCACAGGACAAUGUCGACCCACAAGAACUCCGAAGGAUGCUCCAAGAACUUGCUGGCCAGAAUUGUUCAAUGGGGAACAAGCUCUUUGUUUUCCCAGAGACAGUAAAGGCUAAUUCAACAAUUGAUCUAUAUUUAAAUCGUAACCUAUCAGCUUUGGCGAACGAGCCUGAUGUCCACAUCAAAGGAGCAUUCAAUAGUUGGAGAUGGAGGCCUUUCACUGAAAGACUGCAUAAGAGUGAAUUGAAUGGAGAUUGGUGGUCUUGCAAACUGCAAAUACCCAAGGAAGCUUAUAGAUUAGACUUUGUGUUCUUUAAUGGUCGUUUAGUCUAUGAUAACAAUGAUAAUAAUGAUUUUGUGCUACAAGUAGAAAGUACAAUGGAUGAAGAUUCGUUCGAGGAGUUCUUGGUUGAAGAAAAGCAAAGGGAGCUUGAGAGACUUGCCACUGAAGAAGCUGAAAGGAGGAGACAUGCUGAAGAGCAGCAGCUGAUGGGAGAACAAAGGGCUUCAGAAUUAGCUGCCAGGGAACAAGCUAAGAAGGAGGUAGAGUUGAAGAAAAACAAAUUGCGAACUAUGUUGAGUUUAGCUGGAAGACAUGUUGAUAAUUUGUGGCACAUAAAGCCUAUCACAUAUGGACAAGGAGACACUGUCAGAUUGUACUAUAACAGAAACUCAAGGCCGCUUAUGCAGAGUACUGAGAUCUGGUUGCAUGGUGGUUGCAAUAGUUGGACUGAUGGACUCUCCAUUGUUGAAAAACUUGUUGAAUGUGAUGAUGAAAAUGGUGAUUGGUGGUAUGCAAAUGUUAAUAUACCUGAAAAUGCAUUUGUAUUGGACUGGGUUUUUGCUGACGGGCCACCAGGAAAUGCAAGGAAUUAUGACAACAAUGGCCGACAAGAUUUUCAUGCUAUUCUUCCGAAUGCCAUGACUACUGAAGAAUAUUGGGUUGAAGAAGAAAACCGUAUCUACACAAGGCUUUUCCAGGAAAUAAGAGAACGGGAGGAAGCUAUCAAAAAAAAGGCUGAGAAAAGAGCAAAAAUGAAAUCUGAGAUGAAGGAAAAGACUAUGAGAAUGUUUCUACUUUCUCAGAAACACAUUGUUUAUACUGAACCACUUGAAGUACGUGCUGGAACAACUGUGGAUAUUCUAUACAAUCCUUCUAAUACAGCACUAAAUGGAAAGCCAGAGGUUUGGUUUAGAUGGUCCUUUAACCGAUGGACGCACCCAAGUGGUGUUUUACCACCCAAGAAGAUGGUGAAAGUAGAAGAUGGCUGUCACUUAAAAGCUAUAGUUAGUGUUCCAUCAGACGCUUAUAUGAUGGACUUUGUUUUCUCUGAGUCGGAAGAAGGUGGAGUCUUUGACAACAGGAAUGGGACAGACUAUCAUAUUCCCGUUUCUGGUUCUAAUGCAAAGGAGCCUCCUAUUCAUAUUGUCCAUAUAGCUGUUGAGAUGGCGCCCAUUGCAAAGGUUGGCGGCCUUGCUGAUGUUGUUACAAGUCUUUCCCGUGCUAUCCAAGAGUUAGGCCAUAAUGUUGAGGUUAUCCUUCCGAAAUAUAAUUUUAUGAAUCAAAGCAAUGUGAAGAAUUUGCAUGUACGUCAAAGCUUUUCUUGGGGUGGUACAGAAAUUAAAGUAUGGUUUGGAUUAGUUGAAGAUCUGUCUGUCUACUUCUUGGAGCCUCAAAAUGGGAUGUUUGGGGUUGGAUACGUAUAUGGAGGGGGUGAUGCUGGUAGAUUUGGCUUCUUCUGUCAGUCUGCUCUAGAGUUUCUCCUUCAGAGGGGAUCUUCUCCAUAUAUAAUACACUGCCAUGAUUGGUCAAGUGCACCAGUUGCAUGGCUAUACAAGGAACACUAUGCCGAAUCCAGGUUGGCAAAUGCCCGAAUUGUAUUUACCAUCCACAAUCUUGAAUUUGGAGCACAUUUUAUUGGAAAAGCAAUGACAUACUGCGAUAAAGCCACAACUGUUUCUCACACGUAUUCAAAGGAAGUAGCAGGUCAUGGUGCCAUAGCUCCUCAUCGUGGAAAAUUCUAUGGAAUUCUCAAUGGAAUUGAUCCAGAUAUCUGGGAUCCAUAUACUGAUAACUUCAUCCCGAUGCAUUAUACUUCUGAAAAUGUGGUUGAAGGCAAGAAUGCUGCAAAGAGAGCAUUGCAGCAGAGGUUUGGACUGCAGCAAACUGAUGUCCCCAUUGUUGGCAUCAUAACCCGCCUGACAGCACAGAAGGGAAUCCACCUCAUUAAACAUGCACUUCAUCGAACACUUGAACGCAAUGGGCAGGUGGUUUUGCUUGGUUCAGCUCCAGAUCCUCGGAUACAAAGUGAUUUCUGCAGAUUGGCUGAUAGUCUUCAUGGUGAAAACCAUGGCAGGGUUAAGCUUUGUUUAACUUAUGAUGAACCUCUCUCCCACCUGAUAUAUGCUGGCUCUGACUUCAUCCUUGUUCCAUCCAUCUUUGAACCUUGUGGUUUGACUCAACUAGUUGCCAUGCGCUAUGGAUCCAUCCCUAUUGUUCGAAAAACUGGAGGACUUUAUGACACUGUUUUCGACGUAGACCAUGACAAAGACCGGGCUCGAGUCAAAGGACUUGAACCAAACGGGUUCAGUUUUGAUGGAGCUGACAGUAAUGGUGUGGAUUAUGCCCUCAACAGAGCAAUCUCUUCUUGGUUUGAAGCCCGCGAUUGGUUCCACUCCCUCUGCAAAAGGGUCAUGGAGCAGGACUGGUCAUGGAACCGGCCUGCUCUUGACUACAUUGAACUUUACCAUUCAGCUCACAAAUUUUGAGGGACGUCCAAUUGUGGCAUAAUAAAGCAAAAGCAUUGGCAGAUACAUACAGAUUAAAUCAAACAUGACUCAAAAGUUUAAAUGUUUUAUUUGAGCACAUAUAUAUGCAGAAUAAAUGUUCUUUGCAGCAUGCACAAACAGUUGGGAGUAUAUAUCAACUAUGUUUCCUAGUCUCAGUUUUAAUUACAAAUACUUGAUCUAAUACUAGCACCGUGUACAUAUGUUUGAGAGUGAAAUGAAGAUGUAGAACUAUAAAUCUAUCAAUCUUCUUCUGCUGGUUUCAUUUGCCCUACAUCUAUGGCUAUGACAUGGCUGUGUAUGACUGGCAAGAGAAAUAUUUCAUAUGCAUCUAUAGUUUGG